AUGAUGUUGUCCCGUCGUGCGUGCUACAAGUGUGGCAACAUUGGCCACUAUGCUGAGGUCUGCUCGUCCUCCGAGCGUCUCUGCUACAACUGCAAGCAGCCUGGACACGAGUCUAGCGCUUGCCCUCGUCCUCGUACCACCGAGACUAAGCAGUGCUACAACUGCCAGGGCCUCGGCCACGUCCAGGCUGACUGCCCCACCCUGCGCCUGAACGGCGGUGCGAACGGCCGCUGCUACAACUGCAGCCAGCCCGGCCACCUUGCUCGCAACUGCACCAACCCCGCUGCCCCCGGCGCUGGCCGUCCCACUGCCCCCCGCGGUGGCUUCCAGGGCUUCCGCGGCGGCUUCCAGGGCUACCCCCGUGCCGCCACCUGCUACAAGUGCGGCGGUCCCAACCACUUCGCCCGUGACUGCCAGGCUCAGGCUAUGAAGUGCUACGCCUGCGGCAAGCGCGGCCACAUCUCCCGCGACUGCACCGCCCCCAACGGUGGCCCCCUCAGCUCCGCCGGCAAGGUCUGCUACAAGUGCGCCCAGGCUGGCCACAUCUCCCGCGACUGCCCCACCAACACCGCUGAGGCUGUCGUUACUCCCACUGCCGAUGUCGUUGCCGAAGCUGCUAUCCCCGGUGGUGCCCCUGUUGCGGCUGUCGCUGCUGCCGUCGAGGCUAGCCCCGAGGUUGGCCCCGAGGUUGGCCCCGAGGUUGCCCCCGUCGCGGCUACUGCCCCUACCACCGCUGUCGCGUAA